AUGACGAUAAUUACUGAAUCUGAGUUUCGAGAAUGGGCAUCAAGUGGCUGUGACACCGAAAUUGACACCCAAAAAAUGCUGAUGGAAGAAGAAAUUGUAAGGGUCAUUCAAAAUGAAGAAACAGAAGAGGAGAAUAUCGAUGAUGAACCACCUGGUUCAAAAACUUCUGCUAAAUCUGUUAAAGCCCUGAACAUGGCCAUCAGUUGGGCAGAAGACAAUCUCAACAGCAGCGAGGAGACCAUGAUGCUGAUAUGUAUAUAUGUAUAA